GACAGCGCGCGCGUCUCUCACAGCGGAAAACUAGUGCACUGCAGCUGAACAGCGCAUUCGGUGAGAGGUCGGUAAAGCAGUCGAGUCUGCUCGUCGGCGAACCUCUCCCUCACUCGAAUCCGUGUCCAAGUUGAAGUUUUGUCCUCAAAAAUCCCACAAGUCGAAGGCACAGGAGAAUAAUCGUAGUGCUGGACACAAAGCUCGGAUAUCGCCGCGAACGCUGAGGGCUGAGAAAUGGCAACGACAACUUGCACGCGCUUUACUGACGAGUACCAGCUGUAUGAAGAACUUGGAAAGGGGGCCUUUUCCGUCGUGAGACGUUGUGUCAAGCUGUGCACGGGCCAAGAGUAUGCUGCCAAAAUCAUCAACACCAAAAAGCUCUCUGCAAGAGAUCACCAGAAGCUGGAACGGGAAGCCCGUAUCUGCCGUCUACUCAAGCAUCCCAAUAUUGUGCGACUCCAUGACAGUAUAUCAGAGGAAGGCUUCCAUUACCUCUUAUUUGACCUUGUUACGGGCGGAGAGCUGUUUGAAGACAUCGUAGCCAGAGAAUAUUACAGUGAAGCUGACGCCAGUCAUUGUAUCCAUCAGAUUCUAGAGAGUGUCAAUCACAUUCACCAUCAUGACAUAGUGCACAGGGAUCUGAAGCCGGAGAACCUGCUCUUGGCCAGUAAAUGCAAGAAUGCCGCUGUCAAGCUGGCCGACUUUGGCCUGGCCAUUGAAGUGCAAGGGGACCAGCAGGCCUGGUUUGGGUUCGCUGGAACACCGGGUUACCUUUCCCCCGAAGUGUUACGAAAGGAGGCUUAUGGGAAACCUGUGGACAUUUGGGCAUGUGGAGUCAUCCUGUAUAUUCUGCUGGUGGGAUAUCCUCCGUUUUGGGAUGAAGACCAGCACAAACUCUACCAACAGAUCAAAGCUGGGGCUUAUGACUUCCCCUCGCCAGAGUGGGACACGGUCACCCCUGAAGCCAAAAACCUCAUCAAUCAGAUGUUGACCAUCAAUCCAGCCAAGAGAAUCACGGCCCAGGAGGCUCUGAAACACCCGUGGGUCUGCCAACGCUCCACUGUGGCGUCCAUGAUGCACAGACAGGAAACAGUCGAGUGUCUGAAGAAGUUCAACGCAAGAAGGAAACUCAAGGGAGCAAUAUUGACCACCAUGCUGGUGUCGCGCAAUUUCUCUGUGGGCAGGCAGACCACGGCACCCGCCUCCGUCUCUGCAGCGGCCGGUACCACCGCCGGUCUGGUGGAACAAGCAGCCAAGAGCCUGCUCAACAAGAAGGCCGAUGUCAAGAAACGGAAAUCCAGCUCCACCGUUCAGUACAUGCCGCAGUCAAACAGUGCCAAAAACAGCAUAGUCACCAGUCCCAAAGGAAACGUCCCUUCUCCUGCUCUGGAGCCUCAGACCACUGUUAUCCAUAACCCAGUGGAUGGGAUCAAGGAAUCUUCAGACAGCAGCAACACCACCAUUGAGGAUGAAGACGUCAAAGGGAAAAGUCUAGAUAGCGGUUCAGUAAAAGCCCUUUCUGAAGUCAGCCAAUCAUCUCUGGGCUCCGCCCCCGCCAUCUUCUCCACCAAGCUGACGGACAUCCUGGGCUGUGCCCGUAGGGGCUCGGGACCCUCGGCCGUGCCUAAUAGUGAAGCAGCUGCCCACUCCACACAAUCCCCUCCACAGACCCCCAUCAUGCAGACCCGGUUCACAGAUCUGGUGAGCUGUGUGGGCCGUGCACCUGUCCCGCAACCUCAGACAGAGUCGCCUUCCUCUCGAACCUCAGGCCCCCCUCCCCAAACCUCCUCCCCCCCGCCCCCCUUUGUGUCUGCACAGACACGCAAACAGGAAAUCAUCAAGAUCACGGAGCAGCUGAUAGAAGCCAUCAAUAAUGGGGACUUUGAUGCCUAUGCGAAAAUCUGUGACCCUGGACUGACAUCCUUUGAACCCGAGGCUUUGGGGAACCUGGUUGAGGGAAUGGACUUCCAUAGAUUCUACUUUGAGAACUUGCUUUCUAAGAACAGCAAGCCCAUCCACACCACCAUCCUGAACCCUCACGUGCACCUGAUCGGAGAAGACGCCGCCUGCAUCGCUUACAUCCGCCUCACUCAGUUUGUGGACGGGCAGGGCCGGCCGCGCAGCAGCCAGUCGGAGGAGACUCGCGUGUGGCACCGCCGGGACUCCAAAUGGCAGAACGUUCAUUUCCACUGCUCCGGUGCACCGGCUGCCCCUCUCCAGUGAAGAGCAGCCCUGCAACCGAUCCUAUAGAUGCGAGUGUCCUUCACGGAGGACUGAUAGGACGGCAGCAGAGGUCCAGCGUCGGAGCGCUCCGUAUCCUCCAGCCUUCCAACGCUGGACACAGCCGUCCUCCCCUGCAUGCAAACCCACAGUUAUCUCUCUACCUGCUGGGCUGCUCAACACAGCGUCCAGAACCCCCCUCACCUCUGACUCCGCCCAGCACGCUCCUGACCGAACCUCUUUAUGCCAAGACUCUCCACCGACGCAAGAGCAGCACCACAUAUAUUAAUCUUCUUCGAGAGCGAUCAUAGACUAGAGUUCUAAUAACCCGCACGAUUGCCUUCUUAUCCACGGUCCUUCACGCUCGUCUUCACUGGCCUUAUGCCCCCUGUGCCCAGGUACUCCCAAACACAUUAGAUCCUGUUUUAAUAAAAAUAUCCUUAUUAUUAUUAUUGUAUUUAUUGCUAUUGUUACUACUAUUGAUUAUAUAUGAUUAUUACUUCCGUCGCGAUUCUAAGUAUUGCUGUUGUUCUUGAGAUUGUAUAUUUGAUGGUCAAAUUACUGAUGUUAUGUUUUAAAACACUUAUUUUUUUUCUCUUUUUUUUUUUUUUUUAAGCAUGGAUUACAUUUUUAAUUUUUUUUGUGUUCAAGUAAUCUGAAGUCUAUUUCGGCAGUGCUGUAUGUGUUCAAGUUCGCGGCUGGCUGUUUAAAGUAAAAAUGCAGCAGCACACACGUGGUUUUAAGGUACAAAACUUUUCUCACGAAUAUGGUGGCGAGCAGAUUUUCUGUCACCGUGAUCAGUGUGUGUAUUAUCAGGUCACUCACCAAUCAGAUCCCUUGGCGGCAGCUGACAUCACAUCAUUGAGAAUCGCCUCAUAUAUAUAUAUACAUAUAUCUGCAGGUUGCCAAGUUGAAUUUCCUUCAAAAAGAGCUGUUUCUCUUUAAAUCAGAGCAUAAUCUCAUGUAUUUGGCCCUUGAUGACCAGCAGCUGAUGUGUUCUUCUUAUUGACAAUCAAUGCUGAUCUGGUUUUGUGUGAGUUUUGGUGGUCUGUGAGACUAGGAAUGUCUGUUUGAGCUUGUUUUUUUUUCUCUCAAGGGAUCUUGUAAGAUGUUUCGAAAGAGUACAGCAUGUUGUUUUUAAGGGCCUUUAAUUUAAAGAAGCAGCUGAUUUACUGCUGUUCGCUGGCCAAGUGUGUUUGAGAUCUAAAUAGCCAUUCUGGAUCCCUGGGUGAUCAGAAACCUGUGAAUUAUAACGUGCCACAGGAACGUUGCGAUUCACUCGACUCAGGCACCUACAACUAUCAUUCUUUGUUUUCUUUUUGUUCUGUACACGCAGGAACAUUUUAUAUAUAAUUUACGUGGUGUAAUUAAGGCGGUUUUAUUCUUUUGUGUUGUUUUUUUUAAAGCGUGUAAGUGUGUGUGC